GGAACAAUCCACAGCUUAUGAUUGUUUCUGCUUAUGCACCUGCCUGUGUUCAACGAUCCUUUGUGCAUUUAUUAGUUUUAAUCUUUACAUCUAAAAGCAAUGCCAAUAUGGCCAAGAUGUGGAAAACCAACGUCACGAGGAAAAUCUGGGAAAGUCUGCCUGUGUUUGUUGUAGCGAGCUUGUCCAUCUGUUUGUGCCUGUGCAGAGCUGAAGACAGUGCAAUGGAGAACAUCGUGACAGAGAAGAAAGCUGAAGAGAGCCACAGACAAGACAGUGCAGACCUGCUGGUCUUCAUUCUGCUCCUCACCCUGACCAUUUUAACCAUAUGGUUGUUUAAACACCGCCGCUUCAGGUUUCUACACGAGACUGGACUGGCUACGAUAUAUGGGUUACUUGUAGGUGUUGUCCUGCGUUAUGGUAUCCAUGUGCCCAGUGAUGUGAACAACAUUACGUUGAGCUGUAAUGUCAAUGCCAGUCCAGCCACAUUACUGGUCAAUGUCAGUGGUAAAUUCUAUGAGUACACUCUGAAAGGAGAGAUCGAUCCCAGUGACUUUAAUGACAUCCAGGACAACGAGAUGCUCCGCAAGGUGACCUUUGACCCAGAGGUUUUCUUCAAUAUUCUCUUGCCCCCCAUUAUAUUUCAUGCUGGAUACAGUUUAAAGCGGAGACAUUUCUUCAGGAACUUGGGGUCUAUUCUUGCCUAUGCGUUUGUGGGAACAGUUGUGUCUUGUUUUAUCAUUGGGUUGUUAAUGUAUGGCUGUGUGAUGCUGAUGAAGCAAAUUGGCCAUCUGGCUGGGGACUUCUUCUUCACUGACUGCCUUUUCUUUGGUGCCAUUGUCUCAGCCACUGACCCAGUGACUGUCCUGGCCAUCUUUAACGAGCUACAGGUAGAUGCUGAUCUGUAUGCCCUGCUGUUUGGAGAAAGCGUUCUGAAUGAUGCUGUUGCUGUCGUACUUUCCUCGUCAAUUGUAGCAUAUCAGCCCCAUGGGGACAACACUCACACGUUUGAAGCUAUGGCCAUGCUGAAGUCCUUGGGCAUCUUCCUGGGAGUCUUCAGUGGUUCUUUUGCCCUGGGAGUUGCAACUGGAAUCGUUACAGCAUUUGUUACCAAGUUCACCAAGCUUAGAGACUUUCCGCUGCUGGAGACCGCUCUGUUCUUCCUCAUGUCUUGGAGCACCUUCCUGCUGGCCGAGGCCUGUGAAUUUACAGGAGUGGUAGCAGUUCUUUUCUGUGGAAUGACACAAGCUCAUUACACCUUUAACAACCUUUCACCUGAAUCUCAAGAAAGGACAAAACAAUUAUUCGAGCUGCUGAAUUUCUUGGCUGAGAACUUCAUAUUUUCCUACAUGGGCUUGACAUUGUUUACCUUCCAUAAUCAUGUCUUCAAUCCAAUCUUCAUAGUGGGAGCAUUUCUGGCUGUGUUUCUGGGUAGAGCGGCAAACAUAUACCCCCUCUCAUUCCUGCUCAACUUGGGCCGCAGAAACAAGAUCAGCCCCAAGUUCCAACAUAUGAUGAUGUUUGCAGGUCUUCGUGGUGCAAUGACCUUUGCCCUGUCGAUCAGGGACACAGCCACAUAUGCACGGCAGAUGAUGUUCUCCACCACGCUGCUGGUGGUCUUCUUCACUGUCUGGUUCUGCGGAGGAGGCACAACUCAGAUGCUCUCCUGCCAGAAAAUCCGUGUUGGAGUGGACACAGAUCAGUACUCUAUUGGUCCUGAUGGAGUGGAGAGGAGCAGCACGAAACAGGAGAGUGCCUGGCUGUUCAGGAUCUGGUACAACUUUGAUCACAAUUAUCUGAAGCCAAUUCUGACCCACAGCGGACCACCACUCACUGCCACACUUCCUGCCUGCUGUGGCCCUCUGGCACGAUGCCUCACCAGUCCACAAGCUUAUGAGAAUGAAGAGCAGCUCAAAGAUGACGACUCUGACCUCAUUCUGAAUGAUGGUGAUAUCUCUCUGACAUAUGGUGACAUCACAGUGAGCACAGAUGCAUCAGGUGCUCACACGAGUGGCAUGCCGGUGGGAGGAGUGGGCUUGAACUCUGAUGAGGCUCUGGAUCGAGAGCUGGCAUUCGGUGACCAUGAGCUGGUGAUCCGAGGCACCCGAUUGGUCCUGCCCAUGGAUGAUACAGAGCCCCCCCUGCAUCUGGACUCCUACCGUCACCGGCAUAAGAACGAAUCUAUGAGCUGAACAAGGAAGACAGAGACAGAACGAGCCUGUCUAUCUCUCUCUUCUCUCUUAUCAUCUCUACAUCAUCUGGAGCAAUCUCUCUCACCACCUUUCCUCUCUUUGAAGUGGCUGGUUUGAUGUCUCUACCUCAUGCAUCACUCAUUCUUCUGUUCUUUUAAUGGUAUUACAGAAAUGUAAAAUAUUGAUUAACUUCUCCGCAAAGCAUUGUUUGCUCUAUUUUUUUCCAGAUCUAACAAUGUCUUAAUGACAUCACAGAGUUCAGAAGGUUACCAUGCAUAUUUUUAUUGUUUGUUUAGCAAGUUGUAAAAUAUUGCCAUGACCUGGCGUGCAUGCUUAUUUGUGUCCUCUCUUGAUGUGCGAGCGCUUGUUUAGAAGAUCUGAAAAGAAUCAAUAACAAUUCCUGUGGGUCUAACGCUUUUUACUGCUUUCUCACUUUGUGACAGUCUAAACAGAGGCAUGUUGACUGGUGGCUCUGCAUUUGCUGUGCGGUGUCAUUCAAGUGCCUGUUGAAUGUAGUUUCCCCCAAAAGACACUCUCUACCGUCCUCUAGAUGGAGGCCUUGUAUUUUGAUACCGUACUGGGCCUCUGACCUGCUGCAGGCAGAUGCCAUUCACUCAGAGUAACCUGUGAUUGGGUGUAUAGACAUACGUUUAAACGGUCUGCGCACAGGUCUGGUCUUAUAUCUUAUAUAUGAUCUUAUAUUGUGACCUUUGACUGUGAAUUUAUGAAGGUUGUAUGCCUUGUUGUAAGUGUUAUUGUCCGCACCGACAAAAUAUAUGUUAUUUUAAAAAUAGAGAGGCGAUCUUAUUGUGCAAUUUUAUUUUUAUUUUUCUAAUACAAGCUUUACAUAGCAUUAAAAUCUUUUUUUCUCUUUUUUUCAGAAAUGUCAUGUUUAACUGUGAAUGUCUAAAAUAACACACAUACACAUAAAAAACAAAAAAACAACUAUGCUUAUGCCGGAUAAUUUUUUUAUUAUUCCUAGUUUUUGGAUGGCGUGUUAUGUGGAGAACCAAAUCCCUCCACUAUUUCCUACCCAAUUUCUUUGUGUGUGUGUGUGUGUGUGUGUGUGUGUGUGUGUGUGUGUGUGUGUGUGUUAUCUAAUAAAUUGGAACACAUUGUCUAGAUCAGUGUUGAAUGUCACAGCGGCACCAUUUUGAUAUGAAAGUAUGUGGGAAUAGGCAUAAUACUGUAGCUGUUCAGACGUUAGACACAUUUUAAAAUGGCGGAAAUGAAUUUAAUAAGUCAUACUUAUCAAAAGAAAAGGUUCAGGGAAAAUAUUCUGUCUGUAAUGGUUUUCAGGCUUGAAAAUGUGACCAUUUUGCAACUGACUGGCACCUGAACAGCAGUUGCAAAUGCACUGGAUUCAAUCUGUAUUAAUGUCAUUUGAGUAACAUCUUUAAAUUUAGGCCUGCAUCCCAAUUUGCAUAGCAUCCAUAUUGAAUGUAUACAGAUUAGGUUUGUGCAUCCCAAAUCAAAAUAUGUUGAAAAUGGUAUGUAUUCAUACAUAAUUUUGGGUAAUAUUGCCCACAACCUGUGGAUGAGAAUUGUUUGUAAUGGUUUUUAGUCCCAAAAACAGCGGGAGAGAGAGGAAUGUGAGGAUGAGGCUGUAACAGCAAUUUUUAAUGUUUUAACCUAUAAGCUAAGUAAUGAUUAAACAUAGGGAUGAUGUUAAAACUAAUGUAUCCAAUCACAAACAGUUUUUGAUAAGGGUGACGCUGGUAUCAAGACACAAUGACGUGAAGUGGAAGCAUGUCUCAUUACUGGUGUACUGUUUGACUCCAUAUUUUUCCAUUGCCAUUGAAUUACAUUAAAUGCAUAGUAGAGGUAUGCAAAUUGGGAUGCACCUAAUGAUUUAGAGUCAUUCUGGAUUGAAAUAUAAAUUGUCAAUAGGUUUAAGAAGUUAUAUAUAGCCAAGACCAGAAUGAUCAUGGCGAAUGUUGUUUAGCUUGAAAGUAAUGAAUUCUACCAGUGGAGCAAACAGAAAACUGCUAGUUUGUUUUAGCUUUUCUAUUGUUUUUCAGUGUUGAUCUGUUGGUGGAAUGCCGUGGCUAUAAUUUCUCUGCUGAUGGAUUGCCUUGGAAAUGUUUGAAUCCAUAUAUUGUGAUAGGACAGCCCAUUGUUUGGUUGAGAGCCAGGGGGCAUCCAUAACUCUGUAGAGCUGUUGAGAGAUGAAGUGUUUAGAAGACACCACUGUCUGUGUGGUGGAAAGUGGUACAUGGUUUGGACUUUUGAGAGAAUGACUAAUAGUCAUUAAAGUAGCAGCAGUCACAGAAAGGGUUGGUGGAGGCCUUCUACAUGUUAAUCUCCAGAGAGGCAAUGGAUUAUAGCAGAUUUGCACUUAAAAAAAAUAUAUAUAUAUAUAUAUAUAUAUAUUCUUUUUUUUUUUUUUUUUUUUGCUUAAUUUUCUUUGCAAGUGAUGAACCUAAGACAUACUUGGUCUCAUAGAAACAUGUUACUUUGCCUACAUUUUUGCUAAAUGAUUUUUACUUGGCUCAUUGCACGUAUUGCAGCAGUUUUCUGGCGAAAUGAACACUAGAGGCACUACACCAAUAAUGACUUGUACCCUUUCACACACAUCAUGAGUAAAAGAGCAGAUUAUCAGUUCACAAACACUUAAUUUUCUCCCUGUUCCUCACACAAUGCCAUCUUAUGACAUCAAAACACUAGCUUGCUUUUACUGUAGUUCAUAACUUGUAAGGCGAUUCAUUUUAACGUUUGCAUUACAUAACCAACUAUAUUUACAAGGUUGUUUGGGAGUGAUCAAAUUGCGCAAUAGCUCAACUGAUAAAUCGCUGCACUUGCGAUGCAAAGUCCAAAAGUGCAUGCGAGUCGACGCAUGAGCUGAAAGUAUCAUAAAAGCACUACAAAAUGACGUGGUUGCUUCUGCAAUUGUUUUUAUUUCACAAUUGCUUUUAUGACACUAUAGGUUAGGUUUUUGUUUUGUUGAUUUAAAACUCGAUAGAGCAUUUUGGAAACUUUCGGAAGAGCAAUUAAGGUUGAAGUAUGUCAUUUCUGCAUCACCAAAUGGAAUUGAAAAAAUACUUUUUAAAAACCGCUUUAUGAAUACGCCCCCAUCUUCCGAUGAUCGAACAAACAGAUAGUCCCACCCUCCACGCCAUUGGAGUCAAUGUUAUUGUGGUUGUAUAGACGGGUCGCUCAAAACAAACAAAAUAAAUUUCAUAGCACUACAGAGACCCAGUGUAUAGUUUUAUGAAAAUGUAUCUAAGAAUGACUUGCUUAUAGUUGUCUCUGCAUAUUAAGCUUGUAUAGGAGAAAUUGUUUUAACAGUGGAAAAUUACAUGCUUCAGCUUCAACUUUUUUUCUUUUUUUUUUGUGCCACUAAGUGGACAUUUCACCUCGGAACUGCCACAGAGGAGCCACGUAAUAUCAUUGAGCUUAAAUGUCCCCACAGUCACGUAAUUUAAUGAGAUCAAGCUGAAUACAGCUAUUAUCUUCAUCAGAGCACAAUGGCAUUUUCAGAUGAACGAAUAAACUCAUGUUGUUUUUCCUCCAGCAUUUACCAGGACGUCUGAAUUUCUCUUUCAAAGGAGAGUCAAUGCUUCAUGUGGAAAACAAAAACAAUCAUUUGAAUGCAAAGAGCUACAUCUCUUUGUAAGUCCUAUUUACCAAUUGAAGUAUUUGAAGUUUGUAUUUGUGGAUUUGAAGGUGUAAUCUUCUUUCAAAUUGUCAAUGAAGUUGGUGAACCUAUGAAUUCACCGUAUAGAUUGGAAAUGGAUUCUACUCUAUGAUAAACUAGAAUGUGCUGUACAUUUAAAGACAUUGUUACAGUAAAUAAUCUUUUAAUCCCAAUUAUUCAGGGGUGAGAUAAAUUAAAACUUUUUUUUUAAAUGGUCUUAAAGCAUAUACUCUUCAAAAAAAAGAAUAAAAAUAGAAUAAACAUGAAUAAAAAGAGACCAACUUUUCUCCUAAUACUAGGCAGACCUGUGUCCAAAGUAGCAAAACCAAGUUAAUUGGGCUUAAAUGGGUGGUAAAUGUGCUGUUUUUACUGAUACAAAUCUGUGUGUUAGUCACACUGUGUGCAGCCUCUAUUCUAAUGUGUUGCAGGUACUGACUGUUGACAUCUGUGUAAAUAUUCUCAUCUGUUCAUGUGCGUGCAAUGAUCAAUAAACAGAAACCUGAGCUUUCGAUUAAACCUGUCU